AUCAGGACAGCGACGAAAAAAGGAGGUGGAAAGUCUAAAAAUGGACGUGAUUCAAUUGGAAAGAGAUUAGGUGUUAAAAAGUUUACGGACCAAUACGUUCUCCCUGGUCAAAUCUUGAUUCGUCAAAGAGGAACAGAAUAUCAUCCAGGACAAAACGUUGGUAAAGGGAAAGAUCAUACUUUAUACGCAUUAGAACCUGGUUACGUUAAAUUUUAU